CUAUGACUGCCAUUAGUGGGAUUUAUUUUUUUCUUUUGUCUGAUUUUUGAUUUGACGCAUAUUUUUUUUGUCUCUCACACUCAUAAUGACGGAACCUACAAAAGACCAAUUGACUGGCUUACUCGUAACAAAAUUAACGGGUGCAAAAAUUAACACAGCUGAAUGGAAUAGAACUGUUCAAAAAGCCAAGUACACCUUAACCUACGACAAAUGUACGAGUACGAGUGAACAUGAAGUAGACACUGCAAUAAAUGGGUUGGUUGAAAAGUUUAGUAUUAAAGGGCGUCGAGACGUAUCAAAAGCCUUGCUCGAACAUAAGUCGGCAUAUCUUGAUAAAUCACGACCGUUAGGAUCACCAAACACAAAUCAAUCAAUUUUAAAAUACGAUUUGCUUCAACUGCUAUUAUCAUUAUCUUCAUCCAGAAAUCAAACCUACGAUCAUAUACCCAUAUUAAACGAAAGUAUGCCUACUGAAAACAACUUGACAUGGGAGGAAGUUGUGAAAGAUGACCCUUUAGAAGGGGAUCAUUGGAAAAAAUGGCCUGAGGAUACAUCUGACGAUGAUUCUAGUGACAACGAUGGACGUGACUCUGAUGAGGAAUCUACAACGGCUAGACAGCUUCGAAAUAACGAGACACAGGACACGCAGACUGUGAACGAUCCUGAAGUUAGCUCAAGUGCUUAUUAUAAUCAAAUGGAUAUUGACGAAAGAGGGGAUCCUGAAUCUUUAGGAUUUUUAAUUACACAGCAGUAUUGGAGAGAUGAUUAUAGUUUAGAAAGAGAAGAUGAGUCAGAUGCAGCUUUGCUACAAAACCCCUGCCAAAUGAGUGAUGCUCUUGGUAAUCUAUUGUAUACCCGAGCAGAAAGAAGCCGAUUGAAAACGAUUCCAGAAUCAGGUGUAAUAAGAGAAGUUAUAUCUCUGCUAAGAGGAUGUCGCGGUGUUUUAUUUAAAUAUGAAGAUGGACAGUUUCAGCUUGAUGAAAAUUACGUCCUUCAACAUCUCAGCCGAAAUGCAUUAGGAUCCAUAUUAAACGAAUUUUGCGUAUUCGGAAACAUUCUAUCAGAACUCAGACAAAUUGUUACCCGUGUAGCAAAUGAUGCGAAAUAUGGGCAGACGAGUCAAGCAUUUGCCGCAUCCAUAUACAAUUCGCUCAUGGAUUUCGACGGAUUACUUUCAGAGUUGGAAGCUGGCAGUGGUUUUAUAACUCGUAACUCAACUGCAAGCAUCUCCAUAUUAAAACUUCGUACAACGCUUGAUUCGCAUUUGCAAUGUUUUAAAGAACUCCACGAAAUUACAAUGAAUACACCGUAUUCCGAUGCAAAUCCCAGACUAAUAUCGACCUAUUUGAUAUCCGCUUUUUACGAUCACACUCUUAUUGCUCAAUCUUCAGGACAACGUGUUGUAUAUGAUACUUUAUUGUAUGUUUUGGAACAACUGCUAGUGCCGUACGGCCGCAUUAUAGACGACUGGAUAUUUUAUGGUUCUUUAGAGGGAGAUGUUGCCAACGAAUUCUACGUUGUCUCCAGUGAAAUCAUAUCAAUAGAAGAUCCUAAUUUUUGGACGGAUGGAUUUUCUAUUGCACCUGUUGUCUGUGAAUAUGUUUGUUAUCCCUGUCCGUUGUUUAGUCACACCAACAUGGCACGUAUUUUCUUUACAGGAAAGGCUGUAAAUUUAUUGAAUGAAAUUGAAAAAAAAUUGAGGCAUGUUCAGUUGAUGAUGCAUCAGCCUGUUUCAUUCUCUGUUACAAUGAGUGAUUUCUUGGCUGUAAAACCGCCCUUCAUAACCUAUAAUAAGGCGUCUCGUCAAGCAAGUUCUGAUGAUAUCGGGUCCCUUACGAUGGCUUUAUUUCCAAUGAAAAAAUGUCAAUCUCGACCCAAUGAACCGAUUGUAUUUGUGGAUGAUUUUGAUUCUUUAUUUGACCAGGACUUUAUACAGUUUAUAGACAAAUACACACAAGAACCUUACAUCAAUACAGCGGAUACGCUCAACAAGGUGCUUCACAAUAAUUGCCGGCUAUCCGAACAGCUUAAAUCAUUGGCAUCCAUAUAUCUCAUGCUGGAAAAUGAUUUGAUGCAUUCGUUCUGUGAGGUGCUCUUUAAGCAGAUAGAUGAUAACGAGCUCUGGUUUGAUAAGCAGAUUUUGAACAGUACAUUCUCUGAAGCAUGCGAAAUUAGUGGCUAUGAUGAAACAGUUUACAUACAAGUAGAACAAACAGAUGAUGUUAGUCCGCCAAACACAAUAACCUCCUUUUUGGAAUUAAUCUCGUUUAAAGUAGAGAUCCCAUGGCCCUUGAAUAAUUUUAUUCAAAGAGAACACCUGGAAAACUACUCUAAAAUUUCAAGCUUACUGUUACGGCUUAAACGUGCUAAAUACAUUAUGGAAAAGAAGACUUUGUUUGGAGGCCGGACCGACUAUCAAAAUAAUGAUCAAAAUGCUAUGCAAUUUUAUUCAGUCCGUAUGAAAAUACUCUGGUUCAUUAAUUCAUUUUGGCGCUAUAUAAUGACGACAAUUCUCCAUGCAGAGACAAUCGAAUUUAGAAAAAAGCUGUCGGUAUCCAAAGAUGCUGAUGAAAUCACAAAACUCCACACGUUGUAUAUUAAUACGAUUGUGGAUCGGUGUUUGUUAAAUGAUAAGAUGAGUGCUAUCAGGAAAGCUGUCAUUGGCAUAUUUGAUAUGACUGAGCAAAUGGCGGUUUUAUUUAAAAAAUAUAUGCGACUGUCGAGUGAUGAUGCUUGCAAUGAUUCCGAAGGAUUUAAAACACAAAUGGGUGAUAUUGAGAAGAAUUUCAAACGAUCAAAUGAAUUUAUUUCCGUGAGCUUGAAGAUAUUUGCAAAGAAGGCUAAUUUACCUUGGUUCGAAUCACUGGCCUUUUCAUUGGCUAGUUAAAAAAUAAAAUAAACAGUCGAAGUUCAUGGGUUCUUCUCUC